AACUCGUAUAAGGACUGGUAUUAAAUAACUAUUGUUAUAACUAUAUUGAACUUUGUGAUAAGGUGAAGUGCGUUUUUCAAAAUGUUGUGGGUGUUACUUUUGGGCUUAAUCACUGGAAAUUUUGUCUCAAAAACAGUUGGUCUAGUGAACAACCAAGAAGACGAGUCGUUGCACGAGAAUCGCAUAAACAGUACGAGGAAAGAAUGCAUUUACCGUCCCCCGGAAACGAACAGGGAUCACUGUCCGGAUCCGGAUGUCAAGUACAUCCUGUACAACGACGGCAAGCGACAGGUGAUCGACUACACGCAAACAGAUUGGCUCAGGCAGAGCAUCUGGGACCCGCUCAAGGAGGACAUUAUGAUCGUGCACGGUUAUGCCGGAGGUGAUGACACAUUGCCCAUUGUCGUUUUGAGGGAUGCUUACAUCCAGAACGGCAGUUAUAACGUGUGGAUGGUAGAUUGGGGAGCACUUUGCGAACCCCCUUGCUACAGAGCGGGCGUCAACAAUUUAAGAGCAGUGGCCAGAUGCACCGGAGAACUUCUGUCCUCACUCAGGACGGCGGGUCUGAGUACCAACAAAUUGUCGUGUGUCGGACACUCUUUAGGUGCCCACAUAUGUGGAAUGAUAUCCCGAUACGUGACCUUCAGGUUGCACAGGAUAAUCGGGUUGGACCCAGCCAGACCGCUGGUCACUCCGGACCUUAAACUGAACAGUGGUGAUGCGAAUGCGGUGCACGUGUUGCACACGAACGCUGGACACUACGGUGAAAGGGAUCGAGGUGGACACGUGGACUUUUGCAUUAAUGGUGGACGAGUACAACCAUUUUGCGAAUCUAGCGACCUGGAUGAACAAUUGUGCAGCCACGUUUGGUCCAUUUGUUACAUGGCAGAGAGUAUUCAUCCAGGAAGGGCGAGGCGGGCAGAACCGUGUUCUAGGAGGUGUCCUUCGGGGCCCAGACCUGGAAUACGAGUCGGACAUCCUAUUAUGAUGGGUCAAUAUACUCCUCUUUAUGCAUCAGGAUCUUAUUGCGUUCAUGAUGGUGAUUAUCCUCCUUACUGUCCCAAAUUUGUAGGAGAUAUCGGAGAUAAAAGAUGCUGUUUGAAAAGUCCUGAUAUUCAUCCUCCAAAUUAUGAUGAUUUAUAAUUUUUAAUUAUAAUCAUAUUAGUACUUACGUAUGUUAAUACUAAUACUAAAUAAAAGACUGUUCUUAA